CCAUCGCACCUUACUAGAACCUCUGCCUGUUUAUCUUCCAACUCAUUUAGGGUUGCUUCACUCCCACCACCUGCACACACGCACUGCAUCUGCUCAGCGCGCGCCAUUGCACUUUGUCAAUGAACCGUGGGAAUCAAUGUUGAAGUUGAUAUCAACAAUGUCAGUUUGCAAUUGUUUGUAUACUAAGUUACGUGUUUAUGUGUAUUUGUGUUUGGCAUUAUUUGUCUCAAAUUCACAACAUGUUAACUUUGUUGCUCUCUCUAACGCCAAACCACUGCCUCAAAGCCUUCAACUUUGCUAUGCCCAUGGCCAAGACCAAGCAAACAGCCAAAAAGUUGCAUGGUGGCUUAGCACCGCAUGUCAAUCUUUGUGGUGGCGCCAGUGCAGCACCAGGGACAGAGGAGAUGGAAGUUUGCCCUGAGUUCUAGCACAAUGAAUACUGCAUCAUUUGUCGAGAC